UAAUAAUUAAUAUCAAUCAAUUUCGAUCCACUGUAGGUUCAGUUCGUAGUUCAAGAUGUUCCGGUCAACCACAAUCGUAGUUUUAGUUGUUCUCGGUUGUUGCUAUGCAUCAGAACCUUCUUUAGAUAACUUCGAAUUCGGCGAUUUCAUCCAGAUCAGUAAAAACGACUACCAACCCCAGCAUUCAGGAAGGAGCAGUUCAGUAGAAGGCAAUGUAGAGAACUACUUAAAAAGUCACGAUGUUACCGUUAAGUUCCCAGGGGUUAGCAGCGCUGUAACAGUAGAAGGUAGAAACCUUGACAGCAACGAAAUCAACUUAAAACUUAAUCUUAACCAUGGUGGAGUUGAAGCUAGGAAAUCCAAGUUGAAGAAGAUUCUUGGACCUAUCAUGAUCGUAGUCCUCCUCAAGGCUAUGACCUUGAUCCCUCUAGCCUUGGGUAUCCUUGGAUUCAAAACUUGGAAUGCUCUUCAACUAUCUUUCGUGUCUUUCGUGGUCGCUAUUGGUAUGGCUGUAUAUAAUCUCUGUAGAAAGGUUGUUGGUGAUCAUGUUCCACCACCAAUUGUUGCUCAUAAUGCUUGGGAAGCUGCCAGAUCUUUCGGUAAUGAAUACGCUCAGAAGAUGGCCUAUUCUGGUUAUGCAUAAAAUGGAGAAUAUUAUUUGUUUAUUUAUUUAUUUAAUAAAUUAUUUCAAAUA